AUGGUACCUACUAAUAACAAUAAGUCUAAUACACUGGGACCAUUACGUGAUAUCCAUGAAAUUCAGUCUGAAAUCCAGCUAGACCUUUUGCCCAUGAUUCAGAAGAAUGAUUUAUCCGAAAGCACACCAACGAAUGAAGAAGGCAAUGAUAAUACUGUUGAAUCUGGAGUAGAUUAUUCUAAUUUGGUGAUGAAAACAAUCAAUCCUAAACCACUGUAUGUACCACCGUUAAAUUUUUCACUUGUGGAGGAUGGUAUUUAUAGAUCUGGAUUUCCAAUGCCUAUAAACUAUCCAUUUUUAGAGCAAUUAGGAUUAAAAACUAUAAUAUAUUUAGGAGAUUUGGGAGAAAAGAAAAAAGACGAAAAGCUGAAGAGUAAGGACACAGAAAAUGGUGAAAAGGCACCUAAGGAAAAGGUGAAGAAGGAAAAAGAGAAAAAGGAUAAGGAGAAAAAAGAUAAGCAUGGCACAGCGGAAAUUAUGGAUAACUAUAAAAAAUGGAUAGAGACGACAGAUAUAACGUUUCACCAUCUUUUCAUAAAGUCAGCUCUGGAGCCAUUUACACUUGAAGAAGACCGCACACAAGCAUUGGAGACGAUAACCACAGCUUUACAAUUGAUAGUAAAUAAACAAAACUUCCCAAUAUUAAUUCAUUCAAAUAAAGGAAAGCAUAGAAUCGGUGUACUUGUGGGGUUAAUGAGAAAGUUAUUGCAAGGAUGGUGUUUGAGUGGUAUUUUUGAAGAAUACGAAAAGUUUGCUAUGGGUAAAUCUGAGUUCGAUUUAGAAUGCAUUGAGCUUUGGCAACCAGAACUCUACGUAGAAAACGAAUGGAAACCAGAUUUCGUGAGGACUUAA